AUGUUCGCCGCUAGCGCAUUUGAGAGUCCAGAAAGUGUUGAAUUUGAAGCUUUUCAAAAUCGACAAGAAAUACGAAUGACGCGUUUUGAAACGGUUCGAACACUUUACGUUUCUGGCUGUGAAGAUGACCGCAUUUCCAAUCUCCAAACAGUCCUUCUCAUGACCUUGUGGGACUGCAGUUCAGAUGAUGGACCAUCUGCAUCGAAGUAUAUCAGCAUUGCCAAGGCAAUAUUGGAGUCCAUUGAAAUGGCUCCCACGGAAUCGGAAACACGGAUGAUGAAGGAGAACCCGGCAUUUUGGAAGCGACUGCAAUGGUGCGUUUAUAUACGCGAUCGCCUUACUGCGCUUACGCUGCAGUGCCCAUACCAGAUCGACGAAUCAAAGUUCAAUGUUCCUAUGUUGAAGGCAGCAGACCUUCAAAUAGGUCCUCUGUCAACGAAGUCCUGUCUGGGAACCAAUGGAAGCCACCCAGCAAUUAGGGACCCAUCCAUGCGGGCACUGCUAUCUCAGAUUCCCAUCCACCUUGCUUUAUUUUGCAAAUGGGCCACACCAAUUCUCUCAUCGCAAAGUAUUGGAGCUCAGUCGAUACAGCAUUGGAUGUAUUUGAGGACAGGCCUAGAGGUUUUGCUGCGUGAUAGUGAGCUGAAGGAGUGGCAAAAUACCCUGCCAAAAGCUUUGAAAUGGAUUCACUCGUCACCGCUGACUGGAAUUAACAAGCACGGAGACGUUGUACUCUUCUUCCGAGCUAUGCUCAACGGACUUUACCAUUUGGCAUGUCAUGGACUACAUAAAUCUCGAGUCGACAUGGUCGACCCGGGUCUUCCCGAGCUGGCAGAUCUGUCCAAGCAGCAAAUGCGGUCUUCCAUAUCCGAAAUGACAGAGAUAUACCGAUUCUUCAGAUCAAAAAGUUUUGUCUAUGAGCUUCCUGAUGUGCAGGUAGCAAUGCUUGAGACAUGCAUCGCGUCGAAUCUAAGCGACUUCUCAUCGCCGAUUCCCUUCAUUCGCCAGUCUGCCAUUGAAGCCUUUCAGCUAUGUGCACAAGGCCUCCAACAGAUGAGCGAUACAUAUCCAUCGGCCAGCAAGGCACUUGCAACAGUAAACGCAAGAAUCAUUGCGCGAGCCGAUAAGAAUAAAAACAAGGAGUUGGAGGAUCCCCAGAUCGAGUGGCAGGGUCCACACAUUGGAAAAUACCGAGGCCAUCAUUCUCCAGUCACCGACUGGCUGGAUAAAACUGGAAUGACCACGUCGCAGCAAAUCGACCGGUUUGAUAUCACCGAGACAAGUGCCCUUUUGACAUCUCACUUUAUGAUGACUUCAUCUGAGAGAAACUUUCUCCAGGACCUUUCUUCCCCAGAAACAGCUAGUCCAGAUUCCGCUGCAGAGGUAUUCGUUAACUCACAAGAACCUAAAGAUGGGGUUUGGACGUCGAAAAGCACCUCACCAGAUUGGAAAGACUCGGUGUUGUGGUCUUUGUAUCCGGCCUAUGGCUUGGGUGGGCUCAUAGACUAG